UCAUAACCACCGAUAAACAAAAACCAAAAAAAUAAAAAAAGGAAAGGGAAUUUUCCCAAACACAACACAGUCGUGCACAACCUAUUUUCCUCUCCGCUUCCAACAUUAUACUCUUCCGCAUUUAUCCCCCAUCGCCCUCCGCUAUUUCCUUGGUAUCUCUCGUAAUUUUUACUCGAUUUCAAUCUCAAUAUCUCAAACCUCAUAUCCACUCGCUGCUGUUCUGUCAUCUCCGGCGACAAUAUCCGUCCGGCUAAGGUUUUCACUGCUCUUGCUCUUCACCCUCUUAUCUCUCGCUUAAUCGUCCUAGAUAGAGUUCGUCGAGUAUCGAAUUACUCGUCCAAACUUAGCAAUCAGGGUUCAAUAUCAGAUUCGGCUAUUUAUUUUAUCUUCAGAUUUUUUAAAAUUAGGGUUUUGAUUUCUACUUUUAGUUCCUACGUUUGCUUGCUGCUUCGGGGGUUGGGGUUUCAAUCUCGAUUUGAGUGUUUAUACAGUCCUCAGAUUCGCAAUUAGGGUUUUGAGUAUUUGGCAGUGAUGCCGCGAAGUUCACGCCAUAAAUCGAGCAAACAUAGUUCGAGAGAUGCAAGGGACUACUCAGAUUCUGAGAAGGAGUCAAGCUCCAAGGACAGAAAGAGCAAAGAGGAUAGUACUGUUAGACUUCCGAAGGAGUCUGGCUCUGGUGAGAAGCGAAAGCUCGAGUCUAAGGACAAUAAAGACUCGUUUGGCUCUGGAAAUGGGAAGUACCUAGAGGAAUACUCGUCAUCAAAGCGGGUUAAGGAGAGAGUUGAGGAUGGCGUGAAUGAUAGGUGGAAUGGCGGGGAUGAUGAUAGAGGGGAGGGGACGAAGAAGUUGAAGGAGAAGUCGGGUGAAUCCAGGAGUAAGAGGAGAGAUGAGAGUGCUGGAGCAUAUGGUGAGAGUGAGGAGUUGGUGAAAAAGAGCAGCGGAAAGAGUGAGGGAAAGCAUAGGGAAUCAAGUAGUCGGAAGGAGGGGAGAGAAGGUGGAACUGAUAGGGAGAGGGAUAGAGAGAGGGAAAGGGAAAAGGAGAGAGAUAGGAGGGGUAAGGAGGGGGAGAGUGACAAAUUGGUUGAUGGUGAAGACAUGCGUUCAGUGAAGCAUGUAUCUGAAAAAACUGAGUUGAAUGCACGCGAUCUACUGCAAAGUCCCGAAUUGGAUACCCUGCCUGAUAGACGGAUAAAGAGAAAACGAGAUGGUUUUAGCGAUGGGGAUAAGCAUCAUGAUGAUAAUGGAGACACCAAUGACAGACAAUUGUCCUCAAGGGAGGAUGUUGCUAAGGAUGGAAGGCCAAAGGAUGAGAAGUAUAAGGAGGAGAGAUAUAAAGACAAGUACCGUGAAGAUGUGGACAGGGAAAACAGACACCGAGAUGAGCGUGCUGCAAAAGAUCGCAUUAACAGCAGGUCUGAUGGUAAGAGCUUGAGGGAUGAUAAAGAUACCAAAGAUGUUAAACCAAAGAAAUAUAAGCUACAAGAUGGUGAUCGUGACCAUGAGCGAGAUCAUGAUCAUGAUUUUGAUCUUGGCCGGGAUUAUGAUCAUGAUAUUGAUGGUGGAAGUUAUCAUCGUGACAGAGAUAGAGACCGGGAUAGGGACCGCGACCAUGAUAGAGAUUGGGAUCGAGAGCAGCGUGACCGGGAUUGGGAUCGGGAAAGAGAUCGUGAACGAGAGAGAGACCAUGAACGAGAGCGAGACCGGGACCGAGAUAGAGAGCGUGGCCGUGACCGUGACAGAAAUCUUGACUAUGAUGAUCGAAGUGCUACUAGAUACAAAGAGAGCAGGGGAAGGAAGAUAUCUCCUGAUGAUCGUGAUGAUUAUAAUGAUUCUAAAUCUAGAGGUGUCAAAACCCUUUAUCUUGACAUGGAAAAGAAAUCUUUGAGCAACAGUAGAGUUGAGUCUGAUGCUGACCGGGGAAGGUCUCAAUCACUUCAAGAUCACCCAGACAAUAGUACCAACAGCAAUAGGAGGAGAGCUUCCCCCAACACCAGUUCUCAUGGAGCUGCAGAUGAUUACAGGCAAUUUAAACAUGAAGAACUAAAUCACAGAGAUGCUGCAAUAGAACAGAGAUCCAAAUCAGUUUCUUCUAGGGAGGUUACUAGUUUGGCAGGAGCAUCAGAAAGAGCUUCCAAGUAUAGAUCUGCUGAGAAGCCUACUAAAAUGGAUGAUGGCCAUAUUGGGGAGUUGUCUUUAGAAAGAUCUUCAAGUUCUAAAGCUUCGCCCAUGGGCCUGGUGGAUAGAUCUCCUACAUCAAGUCUGGAGCGCAGAUACAUGAAUAAGUCUGGUGUUAGAUGGAGUCUUGACAUCGAAGAAUCGGGGAGAAGGAGCAGUGGUUCCAUGGGUGCACGAGAUUUGCCUUGUGCUGAUGACAGGCCAAGUCGUGAUUUACCUUUCGAUAAGUCUCUAGCUGAUGAGUCACCUUCUGUUGAUUCUUCCUUUUACAACAGAAAUAGUCAAAAUAACUCUGCUUUGAUUCCUCCACCAUCUGCUUUCAGGGGUGGAGUUGGCAGUCCUUUUUUGGGUUCACUGGAAGAAGAUAGUAGAAUUAACAGUGGUGCCCGCUACAAGAGGAGUGCUGAUCCCAACAUUGGAAGAGGGCAAGGAAAUGCUUGGAGAGGUGCUCCAAACUGGCCUUCACCUUUGCCGAAUGGCUACAUUCCUUUCCAACAUGGGCCACCUCAUGGAGGUUUUCAAGCCAUGAUGCCACAGUUUCCAUCUCCUCCUCUAUUUGGAGUCAGACCCUCAAUGGAAAUCAACCACUCUGGCAUUCCUUAUCAUAUUCCUGAUGCUGACAGGUUUUCCAGUCAUCUGCGGCCCCUUGGAUGGCAGAAUAUGAUGGAUGGUUCAGGGCCUUCUCACAUGCAUGGAUGGGAUAGAAAUAAUGGUGUAUUUAGGGAUGAAUCACACGUAUAUGGGGGAACAGAAUGGGACCAGAACAGGCAUCCAAUGAAUGGUCGAGGGUGGGAAAAUAGUGCUGACAUUUGGAAAGGGCAAAAUGGUGAUGCAAAUAUGGAUUUGCCCUCGACAUCCCUGAAAGAGGAUUUUCCAUUGCAGGCCCCUGCGGAAGAUGUUGCCACUGGCCAGGAAGGUCAAAGGUCACAAAAUGAAGGUAAUUAUCAUGGGGUUCAGGCAAAAAUUGUUGAAACAAAGGUAGCUGUUACUCCUUCAGCAAAAGAAUCCUUUAAAUCUUCACCUAAAACUACCCAUGAGCAGAAACCUGAUCAUCCUAAUUCACCAAGUAAUGAUUAUGUUGCUUAUGUUUACUGUGCUUAUCUUUCCAAGCUGGACAUUUCAACUGAGCUUACUGAUCCAGAGUUGCACAAUCAGUUUAUGAGCUUGUUUAAUAUAGAACAGAGUGCUACUGCUGAUGAAGACACUGCCAUGCUAGUAAAUUUGAAGGAUGGUGCUAGAGCAGUACCAAGAAGUUCUGAUACCUUGUUGAGCUCCUCACUUUUUCCUGCUACAAGUGAUACUGUUUUUCAGAGAGCAAUGGACAUUUACAAGAGGCAGAGAGUAGGUUUGAGCUUGCCAAUGGCUAAUGGUGUAACAAUACAUGCUAUUUCAUCCUCCAAAAUGGAGGAGCAAGUAACUGUUAAUGAUGUGGUCAUAGCAGAAGAGCCAGUUUUUGAUCACAUUGCAGUGAUGUCUGAUGUGCAGAUGUUGAACUUAGAUGGGGAGAAAGUGGAAGUUCGCCCUUCAAUUGCUAUUGAGGAAGGGAAUUCAGAAGUGGCUUGCAGCCAGGAGGUGGAUUUUAAGGCUCAUACUCCUACUCUGAAGGUGGAAUGGGCCAGUCAAACUCUUAGUUAUAAUAGCACAGAAAAGCAGCCCAUGAUGAUUUUCAGUGGUGAUAAGGUAGAUAGGAUGUUGUCUCAGCUGGUGAAUUCAGAAGAUAAACAAGGAGAUAUUGUUUCCAAUCCUGAUGAUGUGCCAAAUGCUGACGAAGUUCUCCCCACUGAUGGGCAGAACAUGGAUGACAAUAGUGAGAUGAAAGAUAGUAAUACUUUUACUUGUGCUGAAGAAAGGCCGGGGUUUGGUGAUGCAAUAUGUGGCCAUGUAUUUUUUUCGGAUGGUUCUCCCAAGGCAUUAGGGGCUUUGAUGCCUGGGUCAAAUGAGUCUGAGUCGGUAAUUUUAAGUCGGAUACAUAAUUCUCCUGAAAGUACACAUUGAAACAAUUUCUAUAUCCAUGUUCUUUAAUGAGUUUUUGGUUUAAUUAUUUUAGCUUUUUCUGUUGAUUUUGCUUUUUCCUUUCAAGGUAAUAAAAGGGAAAUAUGCUCUUUA